AUGCACACCGUCCCCCGCGCCCAGCUUACGUGCCUGCUGCAUUUUCAGGCUUCCCACGAACAUUUGAUUCAUGGGAAGCAGGAAGGAGGAGAAGGAGGGUGGAGCAUUCAGGGAGAGGGUGAGCAAAACAGAGUAGCCAUCUACUAUAUCCUGGAGGGGGUGUUACAGCAGGACACCGGGGGCCUAGAGAUAAGGCUAGUGAAAAACAUUGUAAGCCUAGCCUCAGACCAGAUGAGAGAGACUCAGGAAGCAACAACUGAAGUAAAAGUGGCAGCUAGCAACACGUUAGUGACUCUGGCAAGCUGCUAUUUUGAUCAUGUCAUGUAUGAGCUACACUGUCAUCUGAAACCACCGAAGCUGCCUGAAGAGUUUAUUUUAGUUACGCUGGCCAACCUGUCAUCAGCCUAUGCACGUAAGUGUAUCCCUUUUGUGAGAGUGACCCUGAACACCAUGUUCUCCAUGCUGGAGUUCGUCAAGGACGGCAGGCUGAGACAAGCAUUUUGCGGUGAGGAGUAUCAAGAUCAGAUAUUUGAACACCUCUCAUGGCUCCUUGAGCAAUAUAAUGAAAACACUGAUGUUUUUCACGUCACCAAGAGUCUGAGCCAGCUCUUGGAGGUCUCUGGUGAAUAUAAGAUCCCUCUCCCUGACGGGAAGUUUCAAGCCAUCUGCAGUGCUCUGCACAACCAGAUCUGUUCUCAAGCUAAGCCGCUCAGCAUGGAAAAUCACACAGAGCUGGUCCAUUGUGUAGUUCAACUAGCCCGUUCUUCUCCUGAUGAUCUGAUAGCCUUUCUGCACUCGCAGCUGGAGAUUGAGAAUGAGGCUGUUCGUGUGGCAUCUCUGAAUCUGCUCAGAGCUAUUGUUGGUGCUGACUUGCCCGAGACAAGACCGAAAAAGUGUCUGAUUGUGAAGGCAGUGAAAUCCACUUUCAGUGAUCAGAAUGCUACGGUGAGGAAGGCAGUUCUUCAUUUCAUCCAGAGGCUGCUCAGCUUACAAAGUGUGGAGAACUGUGCAGCUUGGGAUAUGGUAGCACAUGUUUUCACGGAGUUCAGCGUGUCCACCAGCAAACUAGCUAUUCCGGAAGAAAACACGAUCCAAACCCUGUGCACUGACAUCCUGCAAUGUCUGGACACCUCGGUCACUGGAAUGACCCAAGUGUUAUGGCCAAGGCUUCUCGAAUAUGUGGUGCCAGUUCAGUACACUGGUACUUUGAAGACUCUCUGCAGAUGCCUUAGGGAGCUGGCUGAGAAAAAGCAGCAGGAAGGAGAAGAAGCUGCUUGCCUUGACUACGGUGGACCAGUGAAACUCCCUACACCCCAGGGGCUGCUGGCACGACUCCUGGUAGUAGCCUCGUCCCCUUAUGCAGGAGAAGGACACGGAUGUGCUGCCUUGCAGUUACUACAGGCCCUGCACCAAAAUAUCCAUGUAGCAGUGGGUGAGAUGUGGGGAGUAAAGAUCCCAUCUCUGCUGCAGUACAUUGAAGGUAAAGUGCUAGUUAGGAGGAGUGCGGUCCAUGGAGCAUAGAAGGGAAGCCAGAAAAUGCAGCUUCGUAUCGACACGUGUGUGCCAUUCCUGUUGCAGUAUGUGGGAACAGUGGGGAAUUGAAAUUGGGCUUCUAGGCCCUCACUUUUCCUUCAUCUGGAUAACUGUGAACCACUGGGCUAAAUCUAGAGUUAAACCACUGAAGCCAAUUCAAUCCGGGCAGAAUCAG